AUGGCUCUCAAGUCAAAAAGAGAAGGAGAGCUUAGCCGAUUUAACUUUUCUUGCUUUCCCAACCUGAAAAUUUUCAGUAUCGUAAAUACUUCUCUCUCCGGACACUUCCAUCACAAUUGGUGUACUUUCAAAGCUCAAAUUCCUCUCCUGUCCAAUAAUAAUCUUACAGGUAUUAUCCCUCCAGAGAUUGGAAGGUUGAGCAAUCUCAACAGAUUGGAUUUCUCAUUAAAUAAACUCGUUGGAACAAUCCCUUCAACUAUUGGUCAUUUGAGCAAAUUGAUCUCUUUGGAUUUGUCUGAUAACAAUUUUAUUGGAUUAAUUCCAUCAGAGAUUAGAAACCUUCAAAGUCUUACUCGUCUUUAUUUGCAACAUAACUCACUCACUGGGAACAUACCUUCUCAACUUGGAGAAAUUCAUGCCAGGCAAUCCUUGCAUAUAGAUCUUUCGCACAAUCAUCUUUCUGGAACCAUCCCUAAAUCACUCCAGACAGUGUAUUACAUUGACUUGUCAUACAAUAAUUUGGAGGGUGAAAUUCCAAUUGGUUUGCAAUCUCAAGGACAGCAACAAUUUAGUGGUAACAAAGGUUUAUGUGGCCUAGUUGAUAAAGGCUUUUCCGCUUGUCACCAAAAGAAGGUCUCUCCUUUUCUUAAAAUUUUGCUUCCUAUCACAACAUUUCUCACCAUCUUAUUUUUUGGAUUUUUGAUUCUCCUUAAAUGUAAGGAUGAAAAACCUAAACCCGAGACAAGGACAACCAAGGUUGGAGAUGUGUUUUCAAUUUGGAAUUAUGAUGGUAAAAUUGCAUUUGAAGACAUGAUUGAAGCAACACAAGACUUCGACAUCAAAUACUGCAUUGGAACUGGGGGUUACGGUAGUGUUUACAAGGCACAACUACCAAAUGGCAGAGUAGUUGCUUUGAAGAAGUUUCACAGUUUAGAAACUAAGGAGUCAACAUUCCUCAACAGCUUCCAAAACGAGGCUCAUGUACUGUCCAAAUUACGACAUAGAAAUGUUAUUAAGCUUUAUGGAUUUUGUUUUCAUAAAAAAUGCAUGUUUUUAAUUUAUGAGUACAUGGAGAGGGGAAGCUUGUUUUGUGUUCUACGCAACAACAAUGAAGCAAUUGAGUUGGAUUGGAGUAGGAGGGUAAACAUUGUUAAGAAUAUUGCGCAUGCUUUGUCUUACCUACAUCAUGACUGCAUUCCAUCAAUCGUUCACCGCGAUCUAUCAAGCAACAACAUUCUACUAAACUCUGAAUUGGAAGCAUUUGUUGCUGACUUUGGGUUGGCUAGACUUCUACAUCCCGAUUCUUCAAAUAGAACCAUAUUAGUCGGAACUUAUGGAUAUAUAGCCCCAGAACUUGCUUACACCAUGGUUGUGACUGAGAAAUGUGAUGUUUAUAGUUUUGGAGUGGUGGCACUUGAAGUAUUGAUGGGUCGUCAUCCAGGAGAACUACUUUCAUCAUUAUCAUCUUCUCCUAAUCAAAAUAUGAUGCUUAUUGAUCUCUUAGACCCACGCCUUCCAUGUCUUGCAGACACAAUAGUCGUGCAGGAUAUUGCUCUUAUUUCAAGAAUUGCAUUUGCUUGCUUAAGUUCUAAACCAAAGUCACGACCAACAAUGCAUCGCGUGUCUCAUGAAUUUCUUGGCCGCAAGACAUCAUUGGCAAAACCUUUUCAUGAGAUUUCCAUCUCAGAGAUGAGAAACCAAAAUAUAUAUGCAAUUGGUGAAUCAGAGGAUUAG